AUGGGUGAAACUGAUUUUCCGCCUCUUAAGAAUGAUCUUAUUCUUCGAGCCGCUCGAGGAGAGCCAACAGAACGAGCGCCAGUAUGGAUAAUGCGACAAGCUGGAAGAUAUUUGCCAGAGUUUCGUCAACUCCGUGAGGAACAUGAUUUUUUCACAAUCUGUAGAACUCCAUCUCUAGCAACUCUUGUGACUUUACAACCAAUCGAUCGCUAUCCUACUCUCGACGCGGCAAUCAUAUUUUCCGAUAUUCUUGUAAUACCUCAAGCCCUUGGUCUAGAAGUUGAAAUGAUUCCUGGUAAAGGCCCGCAUUUCCCCUCCCCUCUCGUGACACCUGCCGACAUGGCUCGUCUCAAAUCUUUCGUCGACGUUGAAAAAGAAUUAUCGUACGUGUUUGAAGCAAUCACCAUGACGAGAAAGGCCUUGAACGGUAGAGUUCCGUUGUUGGGGUUUUCGGGCGCCCCUUGGACGCUGAUGGCAUACAUGAUUGAGGGUGGAGGCAGUAAUAGUCUACACAAGUCGAAAACGUGGUUGUAUAGAUAUCCGGUCGAGAGCCACGAGUUAUUGCAAAAAUUAACAGAUGUGAUUGUUGAAUAUCUAGUCAGACAGGUGAAGGCUGGGGCUCAGAUGCUCCAAAUCUUUGAGUCAUGGGGUGGCGAACUGUCACCACAAGAUUUUUCAACGUAUUCACUCUCAUACUUAACCCAAAUCUCUACCCGCGUGAAAUCUACGCUCCGAACACAAUCUCUUCCCAUCGUCCCGAUGACCAUUUUUUGCAAAGGCUCCUGGUACGCCCUACCAACACUCGCUAACCUGUCCUACGAUGUCAUAUCGCUUGACUGGACUAUCGAUCCCGCACACGCUAAACAAGCUACAGGAGGAGGUGUUACUUUACAGGGUAACAUGGAUCCGAGUAUAUUAUAUGGAACUGAAGAGAAAAUUAGGAAAACCGUUACAGAGAUGAUAGAAGCGUUCGGAAGCAAUAAGAGAUAUAUAGUCAAUCUCGGACAUGGUAUAUUACCUACAGUGGAUCCGGAAAACGUCAAGAUUUUUUUAGAAUGCGUACAUGAAGUUGGACGAGAAGUUGCAAGGAGAGAGCAGAAAUAA